AACUGACGAAAGGGUGGCCAUGAUUCACGUUAGAGUGACACUGAUCACGCCAUGGAAACUGCACCACUUGCAAGGCAGCUUUAGACUUUUAUUAUGACACACAGUCAAAGGGUUACCCGGAAGUGAUUCCGGAUGCCGACAAUAACAAGCUCCGCCGAUGCGUCAGUGCUAAAGAUUAUUUAGUGAUAAACAAAACGAAGGUUUGUUUGUUUUUUUUUUCUCAGAUCAACGCAUGUGUAGUCGUCCGUGAAACCCAUUACUCUUAUUCAGCAAACUCCAGCCGUUAAACUCGUGUAAAAGAGCCGUACACGACACGAAUCCCGGGAUGGAGAUGAUGUCUAAAGCGGAGCGGCUGCACGAGCGCGUGAAUGAGCUGCUGACGGCGGCGGUGCAGCGCGUGCUGGAGGCGGUGCGGGACACGGUGCGGGACACGGUGCAGGAAUACGAGGAGAAAAGCGCGCACACGCAGAGAGAGAACGAGAGACUGCGGAGGAGAGUGCAGGAGCUGCAGGACCAGCUGGACAGGGAUACAGCAGUUUCCCACAUCACCGCCCAGCUCUCUGUUUCUCCUCCUCCCACGUCAUCUGGACAGAGGAAACCUUUGUGUAGUCGUCAGUCAGACCCGAUAGCACCGAAAGACAAGGAGUGUUUCAAAGAGGAACCGCCUAACGAUGGACAAAACACUCUGUUUCCAGCCGAAAUAAAAACCGAAAUAGAUCAGUCAGAUUAUCCGGGUGCAGAAGACCCCGUGCUGGAGCCUGUUGUACAAAGCAACUAUUUCCCCUGCGCACAUUUGCAGUUCCACGCGUCUCAGAAUGAUUCCGACUUCUCCACAGCACCUCCGUGCAACAAUGCAGACACUCUGGACACCUUUGUGGAGCAUUUCCCUUUCGAGGAAGACGGCUGGAGACAGCAGAGCCGGGAGGAGCGCCACAUCUGCCUUCUGUGUGGGAAAAACUUUAAUCGACUUGCCAACCUCCGCAUCCACCAGCGCUGCCACACGGGGGAAAAGCCAUACACAUGUUCGCACUGCGGCCGACGCUUCAGCCAUAGUGGAAACCUGCAGAAACACAAGCGUGUGCACACGGGGGAGCGGCCGUACCAAUGCCCCCAGUGCAGCAAGAGCUUCUGCCAAUCCAGCCAUCUGAAGAAGCAUCAGAUGGUCCACACGGGUCGACAUGUCACCGUCACCAGGCGGAACAUGGAACUCUGAGGGGAACCUCGGGGUGUUGAAAUGAAAUCGGAAAACUGGUGGGUUUUGGUUUUGGCUCCGCCCACUGCACUGUUCUGAUGCUGAAAUUGUUUGUUUCAGCCAAAAGUCACAAAUUGUAUUUGUGUUCAUAGAACUACAUAACACCUACAUAAAUCUGUCCUGAGAGCAGUCGCAAGCCUGUAAUCUUUCAUCAUGAUGUCAAUUUGUGUUACGUGAUACUAAUUUAUUAGGUUGUUAUAACACAUUCUAAAACUAUUCAACACUUUAUGCUCAAACUCAGAUAUGCAGAAGUAUCUAGUGGUGUCAAAUAAAAACAAAGCAGAAGCUCCACUUUCAGAAAAAAUCUAUUAUAGUUUGUGUACUUUGUAAAGCUAUUGAUUUAAAACAUUAGUAAAAACUCAUAACUUAUUUUCCACAGAACUCUUCAUGUGUCUCUUUAGGUAUGACUCCUGAAGUUAAAGCUGACAGUUAUUAACAUUUGUUACAUGACAUUUUACGCAGAGAUUUACAGAGCAGAAUUUUUUUUUUUUGGAGAAAAAAACAUGGUGUCAUGGUUUGGCCUCAGAGAUCCCAGAGACACCACCAUCUGUAUUCACAACCUCAACAUGUUUAGGUCAAUUUCUCAUAGAUGUGAGUCAAACCUCCAUCAUGCUCUGUCUCAGAAAAGAGAAAUAUUUAAAAACUUUUGUCAGUCAGUAGCCAUUUUGCACUUUCCAUGAAGAAAAUACAUUUUUUUUUAAACUUUUAUAAAACAUUUAUACACAACUUUAUCCAAGAGAUUGAAGAAGGACGCCCUGUGAGAGCAGAUCAGAAAUCAGGACUCUGCAUCACAGCAGUUUUGUGGUUGUGGAGUCGUCUUGUCUGCUGGAUGAUACGUCUGUGGAUUUAUUUUAUAUUUUUAGCCAGUUAACAACAGGCAGUGAGCUCAGUCCUGGACAAAUGAAAUGUUAUGCUUUGAGAAUAUUGUUGACAAGUUUGCUUUUGUUGAGCAUCUCAUGUUUUAAAUAUGUCUGCUGUGUAAAAUCACAGGAAACAAACACAGGAAAAAAAGUUUAAUCAUUUUUGACACUUGAUUUUUUUUUUUUUUAAUAAGAGGAAUGUAAAAUUUUUUUGUGAACAAACUGCAAACCCUUGUGCUGAUCCUUAAAAAGAGUAGAAUUAAUUUAGGGAAUUAAAAACAACAUGAUAAAAACAACAGUCAUGAUGUAUAUCUAUUGUUGCUGUAUAUAUUUCAUUUUUGACAGAGAGUUAGUAACAGAGAAGGUAUAGGUUAAUCUACUAUGCUGUUAUGUAAUAAAGAUACAAGGAGGAAAUUCUUGGCUUUGUUCUUUAUUUUGUUUUAACCCUCAUUUACAAGUUAGCGUCAUGUCAAGACCAUGUGCCACCUCAUGGUUUAUAUGUGUCGUUGUAUAGGGUUUAUGUGGGUGUCAUGUAGCUCUGAAAACUGGUGUGAAGUUUAAAUAUAAGUGUUGUACAGAAGCUGAUUUACCAUUGUGAUGAUGGAUUUGCAACUAAACCCACAAUCCGUUGUUUGUGUUCACAUAGGAUUCUUUUCCUGACAUGGAAAUCUAUCUGUUCUGUUGCUUACUGAUGUAUCAAUGUCUUCAGAGACAAAACAAAAACGAUCAAGCUUUCACUUUGGCUAGAAACUGCCUUCUUUUGUGUUUUUCGUGGCUACAGCUAAAUAUCUAUACAUCAUCUGC